CAUAACGGACUACGCGCGCAGUCCAAGUCAAACAACCCGACAACAAAUUCACUCACUUUCAUCAAGUUUUACUUGCAAGAGAUUGUUUCGUCGCUCCUUCCUUUUUUUUGCAUCGUAUUUUAUUGAUCUUGCCGUAUAGUUUUGUUACUUCUCCUGCUGUAAGAUGUUGCUGUGUAUCGUGCUCUCCGUAUGUGUUGGGAUCGCGCAGUCGUAUAAAGAUGGACAAGUCAGCGGUGUUUGCGACACAAUGAAACCGAAUCACGCACCAAACACCACUCAAACCAGCGCUCCUCCAUACAACAUCACGACGGACAAGAACAGCUUCAAAGAGGGCGAAGAAAUCACAGUGACACUGAGCACUGAGUCUCUCUAUUUCGAAGGGUUUAUGUUACAAGCACGUAUAGUCGGAACGCAAAGUGCCAUCGGUUCUUUUAAUGUCACAGACAAUAAGACCCAAACCCUCAACUGCAACGGAGCGAAUAGUGCUGUUUCUCACACAUCAGAAUUUAAGAAAACUCUCAUUCAAGCGAAAUGGAAGGCCCCUGCAUCUGGACAGCUUGGCAAUAUACAGUUCUGUGUAACGUUUGUCAAAGGUUUCAAAACCUUUUGGGUGGGUGUGAAGAGCUCUGUGAUAACAUAUAACGGCACGCAGACAGUACCUUCAAGUAAUACCGAGUGUGGGAAAAGCAAAGUCUGUUUCAGUCAACCAAGCAACUGUGACCCGACCAUCGACACUACUUGUUACUUUAUGUCGAUUCAGACGUCGUCUAGCCAAUCAGAAAUGAAGAUGGAAAUUGUCGGCCCGGGUAAAGGAUACGUCGCCAUUGGAUUCUCUGAUGACAGAGAGAUGGGCAAUGAUGACAUCUACAUAUGUGGUCAAGACAACAGCGGCCUUCUCCAAGUGCAACAUGCCUUUUCAAAUGGAAAAAACACUCCAAAUAUUCUGACGCUGGGGAAUGUGUCUGAUAUCAAGACAGCGAUGACGAAUGGAGUUCUAAAUUGCUCAUUUACGUCUCGUAAUCCCAUCAGUACAGGAAGUAGAGCGACAUCUGUUAUGGAAUACUUCCUCAUGAUCGCUUCCGGACCCUCCAGUCAAGGUAGCAUCAAUCGCCACACCAAAACAUUUGUUACCCAAAGCAAAGCUAAUUUACUGAAUCCAACGGUAGUGAGCGCCGCUGAGAAAUAUCCAGCGAUUAUUAAAGCUCAUGGUGCCCUGAUGCUGAUCGCCUGGAUGACCACUGGUAGUGUGGGUAUGCUCAUAGCACGCUAUUUAAAGGCAGCCGGCAAGGGGAAAGGCUGUUGUGGGAAAGAUUUCUGGUUUUUGGCUCAUGUCACUUUGAUGUCCCUCUCGAUUAUUGCCACAGCGAUUGCAUUUAUUCUGGUGUUUUCUUAUGCCAGGGAUUGGACUGGGGGAGCUCAUCCAGUCCUGGGCUGUUUGGUGAUGAUUCUCACUUUAAUUCAGCCUGUGGUCGCUGCUUUACGCUGUGAUCCGCAACACGAAAUGAGAUUUGUCUUCAACUGGGCUCAUUCAUUCAUCGCUCUGGCCAUCAAAGGUCUUGCAGUGGCCGCAAUCUUUACUGGUCUGGCACUGAUCGGAAAAUCUGAGGAUGAGGAAUGGACGCUGAAGGUUAUGGGAGGUUUUGUUGCCUGGGAGGCUCUCAUUUAUGUUCUUCAAGAUUUGCACAAGCGCUCCAAGGAAAAAGAUGCAGAGAUUUGCUCUCUUGGUCCGAUGAGGACUGAAGUUGUUUUGCUUUUCGUGUUUUUAUUGGGAAACCUGGCCUUCUUGGUAGCACUUCUUGUUGGAAUAGGCCAAGCUUAAGACAGUUCAACAUGCCACAAAUGACCUCACUGGAUAUGAAACUUUUAUUUGUCUCCGUUUCAUUGUGUUACUUUAUAUCUGAUAUAUAUUUUAAUCUGAAAAUAUAUCUGAAUUGUGAAGGCACUCAUUUAGUUUAAUUUGUAUAUGCCCUUGUAUUACAUUUUCUUUCAUCUUGUGCUUUCAAGGAAGUAAAUCAGGUUCAUGGUUCUAUCCCCGUAAUAAUUGCACCGCAAAGAAGCAUAUUGAAGUGAAGAACAAUAGUCAGCAAAAAUAAUUUCCCCUUAAUUUGAUUCCGUUUAAAAUAAAUAAGUAUAACUAAAUUAGCAAGCAGUUAAGUAAUAACUAAUAAUUGUAUUUAUGUAAUAAUUAAAAGAAUAAUACUUUUUUUAAAUCCUUAUUUAUGUGAUGGGUGCUUUAUGUGGACUUAAAUAGAUGCAAUCAUUUUUCUACUGUACAAACUGUAUAUUCGAGUCCCUAACACUACCUCAAAACUUAACCAUCACAGAAAACAUUAAUUUAGUAUGAUUUAAACAAUGUUUUCCUCACGGGUCAAAAAAAUGUCUUUACAAGGUCAAGCAAUUACUGGGAUUACUAUCUUUGUGUUCACACACACUGUAAGGUUUACCUGGACCACUCACACACAUAUGUUAUGUGUAGAUAGUUGUGUAAAUGUUGCCAAUAUUCCUAGUCAAAUGAAAAACAUUUUGUCAAUUUAACAAGUUUGUAAACCAUUUAUGUAAAGAUCUAUCACUAGAGGGCAGUGUUACUGUUUUUCAGAUUUACAAAGCAAAUGUGGAACAUAACUACAUGUACAAGGAAUUCUUAAACUGAAGUUUAUAAUAACAUGCCAUGAACCAAUACACUUAAUUAUUUUAUUUAAUAACUGAAUUAAUAAAUAAUAUUGAUUAAAGAUCAUCUGAAAAAUGGGA